AUGCGGCAACUUGUGCUGGUGUCCCUGUUCCUCCUUCUUUGUUGUGGUUACUUCAUCCCGUCCGAGGGCCUCGCAUCAACACGACCGACCGGUUGCAAUGUGGAAACCGCAAAAUGGGCCCAGGCCUACUUGAGGCAGUUUCGAGUAUACUGCUAUCCGUCCGAGUUGAACUUUGGUCACGUGAAUCCACCGUUCGCAAAACGUGGCCCGGAACCUUUGUGGACGGUUGAGGUUUGA